CUGACUAAGAAUCAGCUGAAUGUCUUCCUAUCCCUCAACCCAGUUUGGCCCAAUAUGACAAAGCUGUCUAAGCUCUUCCUACGCAACAAUGACCUGAGGUUGCUACACCCUGGUCAGUUCCUGAACUGCCUCGCUCUCACCUUACUGGACCUGAGUGAGAACCGGAUCGAAUAUCUACCCAUUGGAUUCCUCCACGGAUUAUCUAAUCUGAAGACGCUGUUUGUGAACUUUAACCAGAUUCAAAUGUUACAGGUUGGUGGAUUGGAAGGAGCCUUUGCCCUCACUGACCUCCACCUUAGCCACAACAAUAUAACAAAGAUAGAGGAAGGUGUGUUCAAGAACUCCACUGUGUUGGAGAACCUUGUUCUGUCCAGAAACAGAAUCACAGGUGUGGGCGAAGCCAGCUUCAAAGGAGUGACAAAUCUCCAACAGCUUAACCUGAGUGGUAACAUGCUGGUCACUGUUCCAGCUGAGGCAUUGAGGGUUGUAAACAGGCUCAGGUAUCUGUAUCUACAGAAGAACAGCAUCAUCAGCCUUCCAGAGGAUUGCUUCUCCUCAUUGAGCCUAUUGGAGCAUCUAGACUUGAGCAACAACAAGCUGACCACUCUGUCUGAGGGAUCACUCAGAGGUCUGAACAUACUGCUUGCGCUGGACCUCAGUUUCAACCUCAUAGAUUCUCUUCCUUCAAAAGUCUUCGAAGACCUGAUCAGCCUUCAGUCACUUGAUUUAUACAGGAACAUGCUGGCAUCUCUUCCUCUGGAUGUAUUCAGUAACUUGAACAACCUGCAAGAGUUGCAGCUGGACAGCAAUCAGAUCUCUGCCAUACCAGUCGGGGUAUUCGAUUUGUUGUCCAAACUCAACGACUUACAUCUGUCGAACAACCGCAUCCCGGAGCUCCGACCUGCUCUGUUCAACAAGCUUGAAUCACUGCAGAACCUGUACUUGGAGUCCAACGCUCUGAGGCACCUUCACGAAGGCCUUUUCCACAAGAUGAAGGUCCUCAAGAAGAUACACCUCAAUGACAACCAUAUCAGGUCUCUACAUCCCUCAGUCUUCGAUGGUUUGGUGCAAGUACAUUCGCUGAAGCUCUCUCGCAACCAUCUCACCUCUCUACACCCGGACCAGUUCAGAGACCUUAUUGGUUUGAAAAAGUUAAAACUAGAUGGAAACCACAUAGGUAACCUUCCUGCAAGCCUGUUUGUGAAUCUACUACAUCUUAAUACACUGCAUCUGGACUAUAACCGUAUCUCAGAGCUGUCUCCUGAUGACUUCGUAGGGUUGACUAACCUGAAAGACCUCAGAUUGAGCUUCAAUCAGCUCCAUGACAUCCCGUUUAACACUUUCUAUCCCCUACACAACCUCCACAAGCUUCUGCUGAAGAACAACAGUCUGGGUAGUUUACACCCUCAGCUCUUUGCCCGACUUCGAAAGCUAACAGAACUCAACUUGGAUGGAAACAAGUUGGAUCACCUGCAACCUGGUGUAUUUAAAGGACUCUUAAAACUUCAGAAACUGAGUUUAAAGUCCAACCAGCUUAGAGCAGUAGAGAAUGGGACUUUGGAGCAUUUAAUAAACCUUAGGGCUGUCUAUCUGUCAGGUAAUUUAUGGGACUGCUCCUGUGCACAUAUUCUCUACAUCAGCAGCUGGGUCAACAUGCACCGAGACAAGCUCGGAGACCAGCCCACUUGCUUCUUCUCUUCUUCUUCCUCAGAGAAUACAACACUUUCUCAGGCAGCUCUGUCUCCCCCGUUGUUACAAGAUCAUUGCAUAACAAGUGCUGCAAGUGGCUCGUCCCCUUUAUUUCCUCUAGAAAUGCUGAAUCUGCUCACAGUUUCUCUCAUAGCUGUCUGCCCACUGUGA